GUCAGAUGUUUUCUUUAGCGUUCGGCGGAGAGAAGAAUCGAUGGGUUCUGCAGGGAUGGUUGUCACCACCACAGCUCACGAUGUCAGCAGAGAUGCAGAACACCGACGCAGAUCUGACUUUCAUCAACCAUACGCAAUGCUCAGCAAGAGCAGACCUGACAGCAGGGGCAAUUUCCAGUACUACGUGGACUCCACAGCCUGUAAUCCCACGUCAUCUUCCCCUGAGAUGCCUGGGUACUGUCUGCACCCUCUGCGGGAUGACGUCCCUCUUGUGGACCCCUGCUCAGGGUUUAUGAGUCCGGGGGCAGAUGCCGAUGUGGGCCCAGUCACAGGUAAAACCAUUCCCUGUUUGGCUGAUAUUAGCGAUGUGAAGCCUCAGGAAGCUGACCCCUGGGAGCAAAGCUGCAUCUCUCACAACAUGAGAUGUAAGACUGCGCCACCUGCCGGAAAAGUACCUCCUGGGCCCCUCCAGAAGCCUAUACCCUGGGCACAGGAAGAAAGUGACCUCCGCCAUCUCAUCCAUAAAGCUGGCACACAGUGGAAUUCUGUGUCCAGGUCAGAUGCAGCACUCCGAGCAGCACUUGGAGGUUGGACUAGUAAAGUGAAGGCAAAUCCUCAAGUGACCCGUGGACCUGGCACAUCAUUAACACAGACAUUCCAGCUUCAGCAGAAAAGUGCUGUUUCGUGCUCAAGAGAUGACAUGGUGAAAAAAUAUAUGUACACCUCGUCAACACAAAGAGCUUAUGAAGAUGUUUCAUGGGACACUAAGCUACCAGCAAAAAUAAAACCACCUGAGACAACAAUAGAGAAAAUGCCUGACCCCAUCUCACACCACUUUACCUUGAAAAGAUAUGCAUCUCAGCCUGAAGUUUGGCAAGUAGCUGGUGGAAUGUGGGACCGAUUUCAAACAAGAAUGUUCCAUGGGGAUAAAAAACCUCUUGCCUUUAUAUCUCCCUAUCCUCGUAUGGACCACAUCCCAGGCUAUUGUGGCUUUACUGGUUCUACAAACUCAGAAGAUAUAGAUAAUCCAAAUUCAAGCUUCAUACCGUUCACGAAAAUGCGAACUGUACAACCACAGUACACAAACACGGCACAUACUCCAAACAUCCCUGGAUACACUGGCAGGGUUCAUUGGAUAGCUAUCCACCCAGCACAUUCUAAUGUUCCAUCAUACUUGUCAUCUCCAGACACAAGAGUCAAUAGAUCUUUUCCAGGAAGUAGAAUUGGGACUGCUUUUAAACACCAAGGACCUCUUUCCAGAAUGGUUACCACUGUGUCACCGUGUAAUCCUUUCAACCAGGUGGAGAAAGAAAAUGUUCAGUAAAAUACUGGAUUAACUGAACAAUGGCCACAUACCUAAUAUCUGGUGGGGAGCUGGUGAAAUUUGUGAAAAAUAAAGAUAAAAAAAAAUUGUAACCAGCCAUACACCAGCUAAACAAGGAUGGAAAAUGAGAAAAACACUACCUACUUGUCUAUUCUAAAGACUAGUGGGGUAAUUUAUCAAACUGAUGUAAAGUAGAACUGGCUUAGUUGCCCAUAACAACAAAUCAGAUCCCACCUUUCAUUUUCUAAAGGAGCAGUCAAAAAUUAAAGGUUGAAUCAGAUUCAUUGCUAUGGGUACUUUACACCAGUUUAAUAAAUAAAUAUAUUUUCCUUAUCAUAACCAAUCAUAAGGUUAUAUGGACACCCUUGGGGGCA